GAGCGCUCGUUCCAGCUUUGCGGUGGUCCGGGCCUGAACCUGGAAAAUGCUGCUGGCGCCCCAGGAAGGGUGCUCCUCGAGGAAGAGGACAGGGCCGAAUCGCUGGAAACGAAUGACAAGGAAGCCGAGUCCCAAGCCUGCCUUUGACCCUGACAAUGUGGAACACUGGAUUAAGAGGGUGGAGAAAGCCUCAGAAUUUGCAGUUUCGAAAGCAUUUUCUGCUAGAAAUCCCCAUUUGUCCAGAAGGCUUUGGAACCAAAUUGUAGAUUUGGAAACAUCGGAGCAAAUAGAGGAUCAUGAUGAAGUCUAUGCAGAAGCUCAGGAGCUAGUCAAUGACUGGUUAGAUACCAAACUUAAGCAAGAACUAGUAAGUGAUGGUGAAGGUGAUGCUGAAGACACUGUGUCAAAUAUCCCUCCUGUGCUGGAAGCCAGUGGACAUUUGAAAUAUGACAAGUUUGAUGAGUUGUGUGGCUAUUUGGAGGAAGAAGAGGAAAGUACCACUGUUCAAAAAUUUAUAGACCAUCUGCUCCAUCAAGAAGUGGUAGAUUCUGGAAUGUUGGAAGAUCUUGGAAUGAAUGGAAACCAAGACAAGCAGCAGCAGAAGGAUCCUCGUCUUACCAUGGAGAUGAGACAUAAGCAGGUGAAAGAGAAUCGCGUGAGACGUGAGAAAGAACUGGAGCGCCAGAGAAUGGAAAAGAUCCAGAAAAAAUCAGUCUUCUUAGAGGCUCAAUGUUUGGUACAGGAAGAAAAGAAAAAGAAGGCUCUGGAGGCCAAGAAAGAGGAGGAGGAGAUUCAAAGGGAGAUGGUAAAGCUGCGGAGGGAGCUAAUUGAGAGGAGACUUGCUGUGGAAGAAGCAUGGAAAAUAGAGCGGAAAAAGCAGGAAGAAGAUUCUCCAAAAAAUACAGAAAAAGGCUUGUGUCAAAGUGAUUCUGUUCUUCUGCAUGAAGAAAAAAUGGCAAAGGAAGAAAAGAAGAAACUGAGAGCGUUGUUAAUCCAAACAUUCAAGGAAAAUUGUCAGUGUCAGAAACGGUAUUUCUCUGCCUGGCACAGUCUGAUCCUUGAUCGUAGGAUUAAGCUGGGAAAAGCUGGGACCCUGUCCGACUGGAAGUUUCAACUGAAGGUCCUGCGAGCCUGGAGAGACUACACAAGAUCCCAGAAGUUGGCACAGGAGACCCAAGCCCUGGAAAAUGACCUUCGAGAAGCAAACAGAAAACAACAACUGGCCACUGAGUAUAACCGGAAACAAGUUCUCCGACAGCACUUUACAGAAUGGCAGCGUUGGCACCGUGUGGAAAUCCUAAAGAGAGAGCUGGCCCUGACAAAGGAGGAAACUAGGAAGAAAAUGAAUGAGCUGCUGGAGGCAGCAUCACUAGGGAAACUCAGCACAAAUGGGUCAUCAGGCAUCAUUCUACUUGAGGAGGCAGCAACUAUGGUGAAUCCACUUAGAGGAAAUGGAGAGGUGCCUGCCAGGCCUUCCUCGGGGAGCCGAGAUUGCGAACCCAGCCCCCACCUGGGGACAGCAACGAAGAGCCACUUGCAGGUUCCCCUCCAGCAUGUCCCUCCGAACACACGUGACGAUAAGCACCCCAAGACCCCAGGGGUCGAGCCCCCCCAGCAGCCUGGCGCCUACAAGCAGCUCAGAACCACGAGCCAGAAAGCAGAAUCCAUCUGCAGGGGUCACUUCCACAACCGCCAUGUCUUCCAGCAACAGUUGAUCGAAAAGCAGAAGAAGCAGCUUCAGGAACAGCAGAAAACCAUCCUGGAGCUGAAGGAAAGCCAGCGGCUGGCGGAGGCCCGGUGGGCAGCAGAGCGGGCCGCGGCCGCCACAGAAGCACAGAGCUGCCCGCUGACAAAGCCCCGAGGGAAGGAACCCCCGAGAACCGGCCAGGUGCUUCCAAAUUCACCCGUUGCUUCCCCUGGGACCGACCAUAGAGGAAAUGACUCCCAGAAUUCUCUCUCUGGACCCAGAAGGAUUCCAAGGCAGCUGAUGGCACCCCAUCCCAUACUGAAAGCCAUGGAAGAGAGAGCAGUUCAGCGAGCUGAACGUAGGCGGAUCUUGGCAGAGAAGAAGAAAAAACAAGAAGAGGAGAAAUUGGCCCAGUUAAAGGCCCAAGAAGAGGAGCGUCAGAAGAGGGAAGCAGAAGAAAAGGAGGCUCAGCUUAAGAAAAAACGAGAAGAGAAGAGACUACAGAAAAUGAAAGAACUAGAGAAGCAGCAGAGAAUUAAGAGGAACCAGCAGCUGGAAGCAGUAGCCAGAGAACAUUAUGAAAGAGUGUUGCUAAGAAAAAAAGGCCUGGAGCCUUGGAAGAGAUUGAGAACGCAAAGCAAGCAAAACAUCCAGGUGGCUGAAGAACAUCACUCCUUAGCUCUCCAGAGAAAAUGCCUGCUUUCCUGGUUCCAGUAUAGUCAGGAAGUCCUGACUAAGAAGACAGCCCGGGCUGAUCAAUUUUAUUGCCAAAUACUGCUUAGGAGAGUUAUCCGGAACUGGCUGCAGUAUCUGACUCAUCUGGAGGAAGAAGCACAAGAACUGUGUGCACAUUUUCUUCAGAAGAAGAUAUUCGGGGCCUGGUUUAAUGUGGUCAGGGAAGCCAAAAUCGAUUCCCAAAGCAAGCACAAGACUGCAGCAGAGCACAGUGACAGGAGGAUUCUCUGGAUCACAUUUGAGACCUGGAAGAAGUUUGUGAAGUUUAUGAAAGAGGAAAGAAAAAAAGAAGAAAGGCGAGCGCAACUCCGCAGGAAGGUAGCCGAAAUUCUCCCAGACUUCCAGCUGCUCGCCCCACCGUGAGACUUGGGGGGCACAGUCGGAGGAGCCAGAGGAGCCCGUGGGGCACCAGGGGGGCGCCGGAUGGGCACCCACAUACGCAUGCGUCCCCCUGCUCCGCGUUGUGUCCACUACUUCUUAGAUCAAAGGAAUCUUCCAGGGACUUUGACUUCCUCCUCUGAUUUCUCUUGGAUUGCUAAUUCAUUCACGAGAGCAUCUGUCCCCGCCGGUCCCUUGAAGAGCAGGGUACAGCUCCACUACUCAAAUGCAUCCCUUCUAUUUUCAGCAUCAUAAACUUUAAGAGGACAAGUGUGUGCCUGCCGGAGUCUGUGAAGGAAAAUGUGUCCUUACAGCUUAACAUGGGGUGUUGACAGAUGUAAUUUUAAUAGAAACUAGAGGCAGCGAGUAUGCAGAGAGGGAGUCACAGGGGGUCAGUCAUCCAGCAGCUCGGCAUCGCGGCAGGCGGGACACCACGGAGCCAACGACCUACGGGCAGCCCCGUCUCAUUUCAGGGAAACUGUGGCACCCAAGGCCCCUGUCUUCAGCACAACCUGCUAGGCCUGAGGGAAGUCCAAAGGCUGAUGACUGUCCCGGGUGGUCCAGCAGUUCACAGAGGUGUCUGUCUGUGCUCCCAGCCGCUACUCCAGACAACACCUUCCGUCUCCUAGUCCUCGGCUCGGUUUGAGCCGCGCCUCCACGUACUUCUCUUGAAUUCCAAGACCGAUUCCAUCUUUCAGGUGCGGAUCACUAUAAAGACUGACAAAAUGCUCUUCUGUGAAAUGUCUGAAUUACCUGCUAGAAAAAAAAAAUGCUCAUUCCAAAAUACAGGUCUAGUAGUUGAAUUUGUUAUAACCAACCAGUGUACCCAGUAUGACACAGUCCCUUGCAGCCCCGAGGCAACUACCAUUGUUUGCUAAGUUGACCAUUCUAGUUGGUAAAAUAAAAUGCUGUGUGUUC